CUUCACCUUAACAGCUGUGCACUUCAGCAGCAACAACAAUCGUGGCAAAAUUUUUGGUCGUCGUUGGAGAAUCUAAUUUCAAGAGCAUUUUGUUCUGAUUUUGAAUUUAAGCAAAAUACCGCUAGGUGAUAUGGCUGACGCAGAGGGUGAGCCGGUUGUGAAGACUGCCAAGCAGUUGGAGAAGGAAGCCAAGAAGUUGGCAAAGUUAGAGAAAUUCAAGGGAAAGCAGGACAAGAAAAGUGUCCAAACGACGCAGCCAACCAAAGAGAAGGCUGAGAAAAAAGAGAAGGUGAAAAAGGCACCUACAGAGGCUGCUGUUUAUGAUAUUCCGACUGAAGAAGGCGAUAAAAAAGACACAAGCAAUGCAAUGCCGUCGACCUACAGUCCCCAGUACGUGGAGGCGGCUUGGUAUGCAUGGUGGGAGAAGCAGGGCUUCUUCCGACCUGAGUACGGACGAGACCUGUCCAUAGAAAAUCAAAAGGGCAAAUUUGUGAUGGUCAUUCCGCCGCCAAACGUGACCGGCUCCCUGCAUUUGGGUCAUGCACUUACCAAUGCCGUUGAAGACGCCAUCACCAGAUGGCAUCGAAUGAAAGGCAAGACGACUCUGUGGGUGCCUGGCUGUGACCACGCCGGUAUUGCAACGCAGGUCGUUGUGGAGAAGAAACUGUGGCGGGAAAGUAAAAUCACAAGAUAUGAUUUGGGAAGAGAGAAUUUCGUUGACAAAGUUUGGGAAUGGAAGAAUGAGAAAGGUGAUCGAAUUUACCAUCAGUUGAAGAAACUGGGCUCCUCGUACGACUGGACGCGCGCCCGCUUCACCAUGGACCCUGACCUUUGCAAGGCUGUUGUGGAAGCCUUUGUUCGGCUACACGAUGAAGGUGACAUUUACCGCAGUAGCCGUUUGGUCAAUUGGUCCUGCACCUUGAAGUCGGCAAUCUCUGACAUCGAAGUGGACAAGGUUGAGCUGCCCGGGCGCACUCUGCUGUCCAUCCCUGGCUAUGAGGAGAAGGUUGAGUUUGGAGUUUUGGUCAACUUUGCCUACAAAGUGAUAGGGGGAGGAGACGGCCCUGGCGGAGAGGUUGUGGUCGCCACCACCCGAGUGGAAACAAUGCUCGGUGAUACGGCCGUUGCUGUCCACCCAGAAGAUCCCAGGUACAAGCACCUGCACGGAAAGUUCAUCCAGCAUCCAUUCUGUGACAGGAAAAUCCCCAUUGUCUGUGAUGACUUUGUGGAUAGAGAGUUCGGCUCUGGGGCUGUGAAAAUCACCCCUGCCCAUGACCCGAAUGAUUACGAAGUGGGAAAGCGGCACAACUUGCCCUUCAUUACUAUUUUCAGUGAUGACGGAAUCAUCAUUGGCGAUUACGGCAAUUUCACUGGAAUGAAAAGAUUCCACUGCCGAAAGGCGAUUCUCGAAGCUCUGGAGGCCAAGGGUUUGUACCGGGGAACUGUAGACAAUGCCAUGGUUGUACCAAUGUGCAGUCGUUCUAAGGAUGUUGUUGAACCCCUCAUAAAACCUCAGUGGUACGUCAAAUGCAACUUAAUGGCCCAGAAAGCCAUUGACUCUGUGAAAAACGGUGAUUUGAAAAUCAUCCCUGAAAUCCACAUCAAAACAUGGAACCACUGGAUGGAGGGCAUCAGGGACUGGUGCAUUUCGAGGCAGCUUUGGUGGGGCCACCGAAUUCCCGCUUAUCAAGUCUUCUUGUCUGAUGGAUCUAAGGCAUUGGACAAUGGUAAUGAGAUUUGGGUGAGUGCAAGAUCAGACGCUGAGGCUUUUGAGAAGGCAGCUGCCAAGCUUGGACACAAGAACUUCAAGUUAGAGCAGGAUCCGGAUGUACUGGACACUUGGUUCUCGUCUGGCCUAUUUCCGUUUUCUGUAAUGGGCUGGCCAAAUAAGACCCAAGACCUAGAGCUCUUCUACCCCAACUCUCUGUUGGAAACUGGACAUGACAUCAUUUUCUUCUGGGUGGCGAGAAUGGUGUUCUUUGGCCAGCGCCUUCUGGGAAAACUUCCUUUCAAGGAGGUUUUCCUACAUUCCAUGGUGAGAGACGCUCAUGGCCGCAAAAUGAGCAAAUCACUCGGAAAUGUCAUUGACCCAAUGGAUGUGAUCACUGGAAUUUCGCUAGAGGACCUUCACAAAACUCUCGAAGGCAGCAAUCUGGAUCCCAAAGAAGUGGAGAAGGCAAAGGCUGGCCAAAAACAGGAUUACCCAAAUGGGAUUCCCGAAUGUGGCGUCGACGCUCUCAGAUUUGCUCUCUGUGCUUAUUUGGGCCAAGGUCGUGACAUUAAUUUGGACAUUUUACGUGUGCAAGGCUACCGCUUCUUCUGCAACAAGUUGUGGAACGCCGCCAAAUUCUCACUUUCUCACUUCAGCGCGGACUUCCAACCAACUGCAGUGAGUUUCGUUUCUGACAAUUCUUCAUGUGGUGGUGGUCUAUCAGCUCAGACUUUAAAUAUUCUAUCCAAAUGUGGCUUGGCCCAAAUCAAAAGUACCUCUCAGCUAGAUAACUAUUUUGCCGACCACAGCUACAUCAAGGGCUUUGCGCACUCCUCCUUUGACUCUCAGCUUUUAUCGACUCUCCCGAGUGCCUCGUCCGAGUAUGUAAACUUAAACAGAUGGAUUCGUCAUGCGUCCAGCUUUGGUAAAGACGCGCAGACCAAGCCAGCAAAUUUAUCUGCAAAGGAUGUGUCUGGCCUGAAACUGGCGUCCAUUGACAAGUGGAUGCUGAGUCGUGUGGCCUACGCUGUUGAAACAUGUAACAAGGGCUUUGAGAAUUAUGAUUUCCCGGCAGCCACUACUGCGUGCUACAACUUGUGGCUUUACGACUUGUGUGACGUGUACCUGGAGUGCCUGAAGCCGGUCUUCAGUUCUGGCGACGAGCAAGCAAAGACGGCAGCCCUAAACGUUCUCCACACCACCCUUGAUGUGUCCCUGAGACUGCUCUCGCCUUUCAUGCCUUUCCUGACUGAAGAGUUGUAUCAGCGGCUGCCAGGAAGAAAUGAAUCAUCAACGCCAAGCAUUUGCAUUGCAUCUUAUCCAGAAGUAGAAAGUUGCUCUUGGAGAGAUGUUAAUGUUGAAAACGACGUGGACUUUACUCAAAAGAUUGUCAAAGAAAUUCGGUCUGCCAGAUCAAACUACAAUUUGCUCAACAAUGUCAAAACCGAAGUCUUUGUGAAAUGUUCGGACGCCAAACUUAAGCGCCAACUCCAGCCGCUGAGCUCUGUGAUCAGCACCUUGUGCUACUGCAGCAAAGUCGAGUUUGAAGAAGCCCCCAGUGCUACCGGCUGUGCAAUUCUGACCGUCAGCGACAAGUGUGAAGUUCAUCUUGUUCUUCAGGGUUUGAUUGAUCCUGCCAAGGAGUUGGUGAAAAUUGCCAAAAAGCGAGACCUGCUUCAGUCAACAGUGACCAAGCUGGUGAAGGACAUGGCCAAGCCGGACUAUGAAAGUAAAGUUCCAGCAGACGUACAACUUGCCAAUAAAGAGAAACUGGAAUCAGCAAUCGGCGAGAUGGAAAAGCUUAGUCUAGCUGAAAAAACACUUCAAGCGCUUUAAGUAGCCACAAAUUUUGAAACUAUUAUAUUUAUUUAUAACUGAGCACAUCACUUACUAAAUAUUGGAAUCAACUUUCUUAAUUUCACAUCAGCAA